UAAGUUUUCUCUAAAAUGUUUAAACUUAAAUUGCUGUAUUCUUAAUGUUAAUAGGAAUGGCAACAAUAGAAGCAAUUGAGCAGCAGGCAACUGCAACCAACACCAAUUGGACUUUGUGGUGUCGUUUGUGUGCAAAAGAUGAUACAAACAAUAUAAAUGUGUUUUUAAAAAAUGAGCAGCUAAACACAGGAGAACGUGAGCCAGUCAGCGAUAUGGCUUUGGCAACAGCAAUAGGCAAAUACUUCUGGGUGACUAUAACGCGUGGCGAGGAGUUGCCGCAAAUGAUCUGCAGCGAAUGCUUGACGUUAGUUACAACGCUGGUGAAUUUCUCGGAGCGCAUAACACGCGUGCAGAAAUUAUAUUGCUUGCUGCAAAGCAUGCCCAAGGAAGCUAUCAAUAUGCAGGAGAUGCGUGCGCGCUUUGGACUGCUGGAGGAAACGCAGCCCGAAACGCUAACUGAGGUGCAUUAUGUAGAAGAGAAACCUAAGCUGCAGGAGCUGGAGGAAGCACCACUAGAUCUGGAAAAUCCGCUAGAAAAGCUGCUGGAAAGCUUGGCGGAUGAGGAAGUGCUGGAGGAGAAGGAAGAAGAAGAAGAGGAUGAAGCAGAGCGGGACCAAGAACAGAUAUUUGAGGACAACCACAGUGUGCAGACGACUGAUGAAGGCAGCGAGCCGGAACAGCAACAGGAGUGCAAAUCCACUGAGAAUAGCCAUCAAUGCGAGCAAUGUUCAGAGUCCUUUGCUCGGCUCAGUUCCUUGCAGCGUCAUGUACGUCAGGAGCACAAAUCAAAGCCCCAGAGCAGCAAGCUGCAUUCCUGCGAUCAAUGUGACAAACAGUUUCGCCUGCGCUCCAAUCUGCAGCGCCACUUGCAACAACAUCUGCCUAUGCCCAAACGCAAGUUAUAUCCAUGCACCAGUUGUGACAAGCAGUUCACCACACUCGCCUCCGCGCAGUCCCAUGCCCAAUAUAUACAUCAGGAAGAACGUCCACGUCCUGUGAUGUGUGAGCAGUGCGGCAUAGCCGUGCAUUCCUUAAGUGCCCUCAAGGAGCAUCUGCUCUGCCAUACGGAUGACACUCCGUUUGAGUGCGAUGUAUGCCAGAAGCGUUUCAAGAGCUCCAACCGACUGAAACACCACAAGGAGACACAUGAUCCGCGUAAAUAUAUUUGUCCGGAGUGCGGCAAGGAGCUGAAUUCUAGACCCACGCUGAAUCGUCAUCGUUUGGUGCACACGGAUCAAAUGCAACACAAGUGCGACUAUUGUGGGCGUGAGUUUAAGCGUGCCAAGGCGCUUAAGAAUCAUCUCAUUUUACAUACUGGGCUGAAGCCCUACUCCUGUGAUUUCUGUGAGCGCACCUUUGCCAAUGGCUCCAAUUGCCGCACGCAUAAGAAGAAAGCGCAUGCUGCUGAGCUCGCGGCGCAGGAAGCCGCCGGUGGCGGCAAGACUUAUAAUCGUAACAUACCCAAGUUGGAGGCGCUUAAAGCAUUCACCAAAAACAAGGAUAAUUUAUCGCCCGUAGCCACCAAGCAAAGCGGUUGCUUUGCUUUUGGCAAAAAGCCCAAGCCAACUACCAAGCCCAUCUCUACGCCCACCGCACCAAGCAUACCCACGAUAGACAACUUUUACAAUCAUAUUUAGAAAGAAUCCACGGAGGCGCCCAAGUCUGAACAUAACAGCAGCUCUACAGCGGAUUAACAGCGCCUCAACAGCAGCAGUCUUGUGUUAACAGCGCGCAAAUAUUUUCUUAUUCGGCGCGUAUUUUUAAAUCCUUUCUCUGUUGCGCAUGCUUUGUUUGCAUUUAGCUGGCCACCCUCUAUAAGCUUGUCCAAAUAUCCUUUAUGAAGGAAUUUAGUUCAGUUGACAGCGUGCGCUCCCUCGUGUCUGCUCCAUUUGCAGUUGUAUUUUUAAAUUGAUUUAAAAUUCCUAUGUUAAGCGUGUAAAUUAUUUAAACAAAAAACGCUACAUGUGCACAAUAGUAUCGCAUUGGUGUGUUUGGCUCGCCUAGAGCAAAAGGGCGUGAAUAAAAUCGAAUAACUCUAAACAAUAUAAAGUAAUUCUAAGUGUAUAUGAGCAGAAAAUCAAAAAGAAAAAAAUCGAUUUCUUGCCAAUGACAACAAAGUGCAUUAAACAGCAUAAUUAACACAAGUGAAGCGCAUGCAAUCAAAACGGUGCACAAUAAAUAAAUUGAGUUGCACCAUUAAGUCUGUAAAAUAAAUCAAAACACAAAAGUUACUUUUAAAUAAAUCAA